AUGAGUUUUGGCUCAAGUGGGAGCAUUUCAUCAGUUUCCAGAGGUGAAGCAGAGUGCAGUGCUGGCUUUCCUCCACGCAGCUGGGUUGUAGAGGGAGGGGAAAACGGAGGUGGGCGUGAGUCGAGGUGUUCAGAUACAGCAUGUCACAAACCCAGCGCAGAUGAAGAGUGUCGUUCAGAAGACUCAGACCGACAACUCUUUGGUUCAGGGGAAAGAAGAAAGGACGAUAGGAGAAGUCUUAAAAUCUCAUCAUCGCCACUUCAUGUUGCGAGCACGUUUCAGCUCAUCAUGGCCCCUCUUUCACUGUUGAUGCUGCUGAUGGUGGUUGGCACGGUAACCAGAACACAAGCAGCCAGGGAGGAGAAUGAGCUGGAUUACUGGAACUACAGAGAAGGAGCUGAAAGCGUUUACGUGGCCUCGGUGCGCAGUGUGACUAGAGUUCUGGAUGCCUGGGGGAAACGGAUCUUCAGCGAGAUCAAGACUUUGCUGCACUCUGAGCCCAACUCGCUACUGCCCGACUACUCCAGGGUGCGCCCUCUGUCUGAGUCCGUCAGCGACCUCUUUAGAGAAGUCUCUUUGCUGCGCCGGCGCAUCACCGAGCUCACUCAUCGCCUAGCAACGCUGCAGCCAUACCUCCGUCGCCACGGCUACCGGGGAGAAGAUGGAGAUGAGACAGGAGGGAGCAGGGCUCUGAGAGGGGAGGUGACAAGUCUCACCCGGUACCCCCUGAAGAACAAAGGGAGGCCAAGUAGGCUGAGGGGGACCCGGGUAGUGGGGAGGAGACGGGUGAGGAUCCUCAAGAACAGGAGAUCUGGUUCAGAAUGAGUCACAUGGACUGGGGGAAGUAAAGAGAAAGUUACGCAACGAUCUGUGUGAGAAAAUUAUACUCAUCAUAGACUCAUCUGGUCCUCUGAGACCAGGAAUGAUAUCUGAUGUCUCAGAUCUUUAUUAAAACUUUCUAAUGGCUUCCAUAUUUUAUUAGUUAACUGUUUCCUGUCUGAAUAAAGUCCACGAGGCUUCAUGUA